ACACAAUCUUCACUGAAAUUUUGUAGGCAAGGAUCUGAAAAAACAGAUUUAUCAUGGCGGUAAUGAGAACUCUUCUGCUUCUUGUCUGUAUGUUCACCUUGGGGAAUACAACAGCUGAAAAGUGCCCCUUUGGAUGGACACCUUUUGGAGAGCAAUGCUACAGAUUCUUCUCUCAGCAAGUGAACUGGGUCACAGCAGAGAAAAACUGUCUUAGCCUUGAUGCAAAUCUAGCAUCUGUGCAUAGUAAAGCAGACAAUGAUUUUCUGUUGAGUCUGCUGUCUGUUUCUGGACGUUCUUGGGUUGGUGGCAGUGAUGGUGUUCAAGAUGGACAAUGGUUGUGGAGUGAUGGGACCACAUUCGACUACACCAACUGGUGCUCCAUAGAGCCUAACAACAAUGGUGGUUCCGAGAACUGCUUAGAGAUAAACUGGACUGGUAACCAUUGCUGGAACGAUAUUACCUGUUCAGCAUCAAUGGGAUAUAUUUGUGCUAAAGGCCUUGACUGAUCAUAAGAAAUCAAUCUGCUCCAGAUGUACAUUGAUUGUCCUGCAUAUAUUUCAAUUUUUAAUCUGAUCAUCUCUACAAAAAUCUUGUUCUAAAUUUGAUCUAAUCUUGAAUGUUUUCUGAACAUCAAUAUAUUCUCAAAAAUGUCUUCAAACCUCUCUGAAAUACUAAUCAAAUCAAUAAAAGCAUUGAUAAA